GAGGGGAGCCUGUGCUGGAAAUGAAUGCUAAAAAUAUCAUCCCUUCAGAUCCACACUGACAGACACACACACGCACACACACACGCACACACUGUCGCACUGUAUCCACAACUUCUUGUUUUGUCAGACUGUACAGCCCCGCGCACAGGACAGCCGCGGUGGAUGUCUGUACGCGCGGCGGCAGUUGAGUGAAUGGCUUGAGAAAAGGUUGAUGCGAGAGGAAGAGGGCGGUCAAAGUGUGACGCCUAACAGUGUGCCUUUCUCUGCCAACGGUUUCACUCCAAGUCAUCGCCUGUUAGACUGCGUCUCAAGUGUAAUUUGUCGUUCGGGUCACAGCUCCCGCCACAGGACACGCAUGCUUGAAAAGACCUCCGCGCACUUGAUGCCCGCUUUGGUGAUGCCAUGCCCCGGAACCACAGCGGAGACGAAGGCGGCACCGGGCUCUGGAUGAGAACAUCGCCGGGGCAUCGUAACGAAGGCUACGGCUCGAAAGAUGUGGAGUCCGGACGAAGGAUGAUGAACAACGCGGGAGACGGUUUGCUGUCCACCUCCACGGCAGCAGGUGCUGCCGGGUCCGAGAGCAUGAGGGGGAAGCAGGGAGCCCGGCUCAGCCUGCUGGGGAAGCCGCUCAUAUACAGCGCCCAGAGCGGCCGGAGAAACGUGCGCUACCGGCGGCUGCAAAACUACCUGUACAACGUGCUGGAGAGACCGAGAACAUGGGCGUUCAUUUAUCAUGCUUUUGUGUUCAUCUUGGUGUUCAGCUGCCUGGUCCUCUCUGUGUUCUCAACCAUCCCGCCUCAUCAGGACUACUCCUCCUACUGUCUCCUUAUUCUGGAGUUUGUGAUGAUUGUGGUAUUUGGGUUGGAGUACAUCAUCCGUAUCUGGUCGGCAGGAUGCUGCUGUCGCUACAGAGGAUGGCAGGGACGACUCCGCUUUGCCAGGAAGCCUUUCUGCGUCAUAGACAUCAUUGUGCUGAUAGCGUCUGUGGCGGUGGUGUCGGCGGGUAGCCAGGGCAACAUCUUCGCCACCUCGGUCCUGCGGAGCCUGCGUUUCCUGCAGAUCCUACGCAUGGUGCGAAUGGACCGAAGAGGAGGCACCUGGAAGCUGCUGGGCUCUGUGGUCUACGCACACAGCAAGGAGCUGGUAACCGCCUGGUACAUUGGCUUCUUGGUUCUCAUCUUCUCUUCAUUCCUCGUCUACCUCGUGGAAAACAAGUUCAACAAGGACUUUGCUACCUACGCAGAUGCCUUGUGGUGGGGCACGAUUACCCUGACAACCAUCGGCUAUGGGGACAAGACACCAAAGACAUGGACAGGGCGGAUGCUGUCGGCAGGGUUUGCCCUACUGGGCAUCUCGUUCUUUGCCUUGCCAGCGGGUAUUCUGGGGUCAGGCUUUGCCCUGAAGGUCCAGGAGCAGCACAGACAGAAGCACUUUGAGAAAAGGAGAAACCCAGCCGCCUACCUCAUCCAGUGUGUUUGGCGUAGUUAUGCGGCUGAUGAGAACUCGGUUUCCAUUGCUACCUGGAAGCCUCACUUGAAGGCGUUGCAUACCUGCAGCCCUACAAAGAAGGAGCAGGGAGAGUCGACCACAAGUCAGAAGUUGAGUUUCAAGGAGCGGGUGAGGUUGGCGAGCCCCCGAGGUCAGAGCAUCAAGAACAGGCAGACGUCUUCAGUGAACGACCGGCGGUCUCCGGUGGCUGAGGCUGGGACAGAGGGCACCAGCCCUGCCAAGGUACAGAAGAGCUGGAGCUUCAACGACCGCACACGCUUCAGACCUUCACUCCGCCUUAAGAGCCAGUCGCGCUCCACCACUGAUGCAGCAGACUCCAACAUUGCAGGGGAGGAUGGCUUUGAUGAGAAGGGCUGUCACUGCGAGAUUUCGAUGGAAGACUUGCUGCCCUCAGUCAAGUCUGUCAUUAGAGCUGUCAGGAUAAUGAAGUUCCAUGUAGCCAAGAAGAAGUUUAAGGAGACACUGCGUCCUUAUGAUGUCAAGGACGUGAUCGAACAGUACUCUGCCGGUCACUUGGACAUGCUGUGUCGCAUCAAGAGCCUGCAGACCAGGCUGGACAUGAUUGUAGGCCCGAGCAGCCGAGCCAAGACCUUUUCCUUCCCCUCCCUGCCCUUAUCUAACAGCCAGGGCAAAAAGAACGCCACUCAGGGAGUGGACCAAAUCCUCGGGAAAGGCCAGAUCCCUCUGGAUAAGAAGAUUCGGGAGAAGCUGCUGUCUGAUGGAGAUAUUUUAGAGGACGUGAGCAUGCUGGGUCGUGUCUGUAAGGUGGAGCGGCAGGUCCAGUCGAUUGAGUCGAAGCUCGACUCCUUGCUCGACAUCUAUCGGCAGGUUUUGCGUAAAGGCUCGUCUUCAGCCCUCACCCUCUCCUCUUUGCCCCUGUUCGAGCUGGAACAAACCUCUGACUACCACUCCUCCGUCUUCAGCAAGGACCUGUCCUGCUCCACCCAGGUCAGCAGCAGCGGAGCGCCUCCCCCUGGUGGCUGUGUCACACGCUCCUCCACCAACUCCCAGCUCUCCCAGGGAGGACUCCAUCUCAUCCUGGCACCGCCCAACGAGCUCAACCUCAAUGCCUCCUCUUCCACGCCUCCCUCCGGCCUUGCAUCCUCAUGUUUUAGCCCGUCACCACUGCGUCAUCCCCACCAUCAUCACCACCAUUAUCACCCCCACCAUCAUCACUCCCAGGCUCAGGCCACCACACCUGAAAGUGGCACCGAUGAGGCUGUGGGAAGCUCUCCACCCAUCCUCACCCCAAACAGUAUCAGCAGUUGCAGUGGCGGAGGAGAUAGAGGGUUUCCUCUUCUGGCGAGGCUUCCACCACCACCCCCUCCCAGCCGAAGCGGGGGCCCGAACAACUUGCCACGAGCGACUUCCACAGAAGUGCCCCCCGACAUGGAGGACUUUUGUGGAGGUUUAGGGAUGCAGAUGGAGGACAGCAGUGUUGGGGAGGACCUGGGCCUUGGGUUAGGGCUGGGAAGACUUGGGCGGCAGCUGCACGGCAGCACCAAUAGCAAUGGCAAGCUAAACCCUAAGGAGGAGGGCUCCUGGAGGAGACAUAUGAGCCUGGAGCUGCAGUCCCUGGUGCCUCCAGCCCUGGGCUGCUGCUCAGGCCCCAGCCAGAUGGACCGAGGCUUGGGCAAAUCCAUGUCAGUGCAGGACCUGAUGCAUGCUUCGGGGACUGUCCAGGACACCCACCACAGCCACAGCCUGUCAUCUCCAAGCCCCAGUACAGGCAGUGACUCCCCCAUUGGCUUCCACAGCUGUAGCCAAGACCCUGGGGGAGGAGGGGGUGGAGGCGGUAUAGGAAGGAGCAGUGGAGGUGGUUGGGGCGAGGAAGACCUCUUUAUCAGCGACAGGGACAUAGAGGCGCAGGGAUUUGACUUCCUGUCACUGGGGACUGCUGAGGCCCACACCUACUCCUCCGAGCUCCUGAGGACAGGGAGCAGGGCAGGGACAGGGUCCCAGGGCUCCAAUCGUAGCCUGGCCAGCGGUCACGCAUCCUCGCCCUCUGCUGGCAGCACCGAAUUGCUGAACAUGCCACACGUACGGCUAAAAUAAAUUUGCCUACAUGUACAUGCAAAUCUCACCUCACGAAGACGGUUUUUAUCUUUUUGGAGGGGUGUGGGAUAUAACAAUGGGUCCUUUUUUGUUUAUUUUCUUGUUGAUCCAUUUGAUAAGAAUCACAGUAUUUUCAUACAGGCUGAUGACAAGACAUAUCAUUGCAUGAGUUACUUGUUGUUUUAAAGAAUGAUUGCCAAAUCUGAGAUGAAGGCUUGUGUAAUGGGAACACAGACCCCCAAAAGCUGAGACUUUGCCAUUAAAAAAAGCCAACUAAACUUGGUCCUGAAAGACAGUUUGACUAUAUGUGACCUAGAGACACAGCAUGAGUAUUGCAUGUUUUCAAAGGUACUGAGAUUAGCAAGAUACGGUUUACACUUAACAAAGUAGAAAGGCAUGAACACCAAGCCAGAACACCACUCACAACCGUUGUAAUUAAUGGGGAAAAAAAUGGGUCUUAAUACUUAAACUGCGUGGCCAUGUAAACAAAAUCCUUCCUGUCUCUCUAAUCACAUGACAGGCCUCCAUAGUGAAGUGAAUGUUACCUCACCAUAGCCAAACUUUUCAUUUUCCAUUCUUGUUACUAUAUUUAUUUUUUCCCCAUCAUUUUAGAAAACCUGAUAACCUCCCGAAGUUUCUUUAAUAAAUCUUUAAAUUAUAUGAAUUACUAUCCUCAACCAAAAAUUAAAAACAAAAUACCACCACAAGGACCAUAACGAUGUGUAUUUGUUGAGUUUUGGCUCCUAAACUACGGGUCUUGUGUACUUGCCAAUUUUGCUGACCAUUUUCAAAUGCGGGUAAAUUUUUUUAACGUAUUCUUUUUACAGUUUCUGGCAUCGGGUUGCUAUUAUUUCCAUACCGUAAAUCCAUUAGCAGACUCCUGAAAUGUGCUUGAGUUAUGUAAUCCGUCACAGUGAACAACAGGUGAUUUUUGCCAAUGCUACAUGGUCAUUGUGUGGUUAUGCAGUUUAGCUUUGAAAAAUGCAUUGCAUUACCUCAUAACAAUAAACAAACAGAAACUACUUGAAUUAGAAGCAAGUCUGAAAAGUCAGGUAACUGAUUUGUAUAUCAUAAUGCCAACAUUAGACAAAAUAUGACGAUACAUGUCCAUUUUGUUGCAAGGGAUCUUAGGAGCAGUUGUUUGUUUUUCAGAUCAAUUAUUCAUGGAAACACAUCUUGAAUGUCAUUUCUUGGUUUAAAAAACUGUUUGAUAUUUUGAUAUUUUUGCAUCUUAGCAAAGAGCUUUGUUUUGGUCGGGAACAGAUACACUGAAAGAAAUGUUCACAAAUUUAACUUUGUAUUUGCAUUUGGCUUUUUGCCACCCUAUUUUUACAUGAAAGGAAGAUAUUUAAAUCAUGGUUACUGUCUACUUUUUUCAUAAUGUGGGAUUAUAUUUGCAUCCUUGAAGUGGGCUUGCUGCAGAAUGUAUUGCUUAUUUCAUUACUAAUAUGAGCAGAACAUCUAUUGCUGCUUGAACUGCUGAGCAGUGACAUCAAAAUGAGAAACCAACUUCCUCUUCCCGUUGCAUGGUACAGAAUCAGGUGCAUCAGGUAAGAUGAAGUGCUUCUCUCCAAGUUAUAGGAAAAUAAUGAGAGCGCCACAAGAUGCAGGUAGAUACUACCCAUAUAGCAUCCAAAGCCUCAGAGGUGAAUGAUCACACUUAGCUAGCAGUACCUCAAUGAAUUCUGAAAUCCAGUAUCAAAGACUACAUUACAUGUGAAGGAGGUUUUGGGUCAGUUUGCUUUAAAGAAGUGGAUUUUAAUUUCCUUCAUAUACUUAAGUAUAUUUUGCAUGAAGAGGUUGCCAUAUCCAAACCUAUCUAUAACUGAAAAUGAAUGCCAUGCCAUUUAGACAAAUCACUAGUUAAGGUUCCAACUGAUUGCAUCUGAAUUUAAAAAAAGACCCCAGUUGAAAUGAAGUCUACAAAAUGUGCAGUACAUGCAGUAUAUCGGUGCCUUGCAUUUGUGGUACAUAUUGAUCUCCAUAUCUACAAUCCUGAAAAGUGCAUUAGGUUCUGCCAAACAGAAAUAGUUGCACUGGCAUUUUACGUUUUGUUUUGUUUUUUAAUUCAGAGAUCAUUUUGCUACUGGGCAUAAAACGGGCCUUUGACAUGUUAACAUUCUGUCACGUUUCUUUUAACUUAUUUAAAUUAUGUGCACAUAUUUACGCACUAGUAAUAAUCUCAGUUAGAUUUAUGAAGCCUGUAAUGUAAUGAAAAUGCAGAUGAACUUUUAUUCUCAUUCAACAAUAAAGGAAAUUGUAUGAA